GAGACCGGAAUCGGCAAAGCUGUAAACUCUUUGCGCAAGCAUGGGGAUGCAGGAGAAGUCGUCAGGCUAUUGGUCAGUCACUGGAAGAAAUUGGUUCCAAAAGAAACCUUGAGGUAUUGUACUUAACACAUUUGCUUUGGAAUAAUUUGUAUGAUGAUUGUCCAGUGUUCAUUACUAACGUGUUUGAAUUUCUCCCUCAUUCAGCCAUACAGAGAAGGAUGAUGCUUCGCAGAGCAAGCUUUUGGUAACUGAAGCGGAGAUUCAAAACUGUUCAAAGGAGGCGUGCUCAAAAAUAGAGGACCAAAGUAAAAAUGCUUCAAAAGAUGAGUGUUUAAAAACUGAUGAGGAAAACCAAGAUGGGCCUACUUCAAAAGAAGAGCAUUUGAAAAGGGACGAGAAUCAAGAAAAUGUAAAAGAUGAGCAUUUGAAAACUGAAGACAAAAACCAAGGUACUGCAGAGAAGGCUCAUUUACAGGAAGUAGAUGGAGACUCAAAUGAAUUGAAGAAGGAUCAUUUUAAAAGUGAGAAGGAAAACAAGAAUACUUUGAAGAAGGACAAUUCCAAGGAUGAGUCGAAAAAACACAAGGGGAAACGAGAGGGUUUAAUGGUUUCUGAAAAAAAUCAUCAUUGGAGUAGAAAUUCUGAAGAUGACAAUGUUGUGCUUGGAAGCACAACAUCUAAGAGCAGCCACAAGAAAGCCAAGUCGAUUUCCAGGGAAGAAUCUAAAAACAAUUCAGAUAACGGGGGGAAAUGUGGGACGUGGAAAGAGUCCAAUAGAAAAACACUGCAGUGUCCAAAACCAUCCAGCGAUGAGUCUUCAAAAUCUAAACCUGAUAGAAAAGGGACAGUUAUUGACAAAUCCAAUGACCAAGACAACAAAAAAGCUAAAAAAGUGAGUGACUCCUUAGGUUGUAAUGGAGAGAGGCCGAAACCAAGUGAAAGAAAGCAAGUCUACCAUGAAGACAAAAAAAAGACUGUACAUGAGGGAAAAGCGAAGACUAAAGAGAAAAUGGCGACGAUUAUUGAGGACAAGCCGAAUGAGAAUGAGGUUGAGGUGCCCUCCAUGUCUUUUGAGUCUUUCUUAAGCUAUGACAUCAACACACCUAAGAGGAAGAAAACAUCUGACAGUAAAAGAACUCCAAAGAAAUUCAAGACUGUUGAAAAAGAAGUAAAGGUUGUGAAGACACCCAGCACGAAAUCCAAUAAGCAGUUACCUGCGGCGACUGCAGAUCUUUCACCCCCUAAAAAGGUACAUUUGGCAUGGAGCUUUAAUGCAUUACAAAUGUUUCAUAAAAAUGUUUUGUGCUGACAUUCUGACUCAACAAUGUCACAUUGAUCAAGGACAUCCUUUUUUAAGGCUAUGAAGGGGUCUGUGAUGGACUUGCUUAAUAUUCCAUUGCCCACAUUUCUACCUGAAUAUGACGAGCUCUCCAACUUCAACUACUACGACAGGAAAAGUGAGUUUCAAAUGUGGUGGUUUUUUCCCCCAAGGGUUCGUUGUAGAUUGUAAGUUUGCACAGCUUGCUCAAUGUAACUCCACUGAACACGUAGUUGUGUGUCAUGACUUUAAUUUGAGUUAAUCUUGCUGUGUAAAAUGCAGGGCUCCCUUGUUAGAGACAUUGGUCUCAAUGGGACUCCCUGUUGAAUAAUCUAAAAUAAAGUGUAUUUGCUGGGUUUUAUACUUUAAUUUGUUUCAGUGGAAGACAAGUCUAAAGUCUCCGUCUCUGAGGGUCCGGUCUUCACUGGUCAAAGACUCAACCGGAAGAUGCAGGUCUAUUCUGGUGCCAAGUCUGCCUUUCUCCCAACCAUGAUGUCUUUGUACCAGCAAUGUAUCCGGGCACUGCAGAACAACAUUGACUGUGAGUAUGGCCCAGGCAGAGAACCUCAACACUCACACACAGGCAGUCCUUUGGACGGAGAGAACGUUAACGCUCUGAUCUUUCCUUAGUGCUCUAUGAGAUCGGAGGGGUCCCAUUUGAAAUCCUUGAGCCAGUACUAGAGCGCUGUACACCUGAUCAGCUGCUUCGUAUUGAAGAGUGCAACCCGGUAAGAAUCCCAGUCUUGAGUUGAUUUUGAGGAGGCCUGAUUUAAGUGUUGUGCCUGCAAGGGUUAAUGCUGGAAAGACCUCCCAUCACCUAACUUGACCCCUUAUUUUGACUGAUCAGCCAAUAGAUGGGUUGGUUGUUCAGCAACAAAACUGACGCGCAUAAUGACCACUUGUUGUCUCCUACAUCGGUACAGUUGUUGGUUAGCUAGCGAAUUUUUGUGAAAUUAGCAUAGACAUGACAGUCAACACAAAACAAGACAUGGUAUCAAGAACAAGAUAAAGCUAGCUGAAACGAGCCACCUACGAUUCCCCACAUGGCAGCUUCUUCUCAUUGUUGCUAGCUAUCUGGCCACCCAGAAUCACAACAAGACUUCUGCCCCAUUGAAUCGUGCACAUCAUUUUCAUGAUGUUGUCAGCUAAACAGUCUAUGCUCUCUGACAGAUGUAUGUUGGAUUGACUGAUCACUUAUGGGAGAAGCACUGUCAGCGGGACUUUAGGAAUGCCCAGCUGGAGGAAUACGAGUCCUGGCGAGAGAUGCACAUGAGGCUAUCUGAGGAAAGAGAGAGGAAGCUCCAAAGACUGACAAAAACCAUAGUCUCUGCUCAUUCAGGAAAACCCAAAGGUGUGUGUCAAGCUGCUAUUCCAUCACGUUUUUGUUGAUUUGUAUCGCUUCACAUCAUUCACAGGAAAUCCUUAACAUUCAAGUUCUUGGACAGGUCAAAAAGUAACCAUAGAUGUCUUUCCAAUCAGCCAUUGGAUAGUGCUCAUGCUCAGUUGACGUUAAGUUGUUAUGCUUCUGUUUGAACUGAGAUCGUCCUCUUUACAAACUCCAGUCUCUGGUUGAAAGGGACUGGGCAACAGUUGGACCAGUUGUUUUGAAGUGAUCUCCUAAAUGCUGGCCAGGCACUGGGUUAACGUAGACCUGACCAUCUGUCCCCUGACCAUCUGAGGCUAUGAAUAGAUCUGAAGUGAGACUGGCUACGGGGUUAAAUUAAACCUUGUCAAUUUGUCAUGGCCUCGGCUGGCCUUUUUAUGUAGAAUUUGAGAGGUUCCAAAAGACUUUCCCGUCACUGACUGGGGUUCUGUAAAAUCCCAAUCUCCCCAUUUCUAACAGUAAACUAAAUGCUAUAGUGCAAUUAUCCCUUAAAAUGUAAAAAAAUAUAUACUUACAUUGUGUUCUUUGAAUUAUUAGGUCAAACAGCUAUUUGGUUUAAAUCUCUCCAACCAUAUCAUCUAAACUCACACAGUUGGCAUAUUUACUUACUGUAGGUAUUUUCACUAAUACUAGUUGUUUUGGAAUAAGAAUUUGUCUUCUAAAAGUGAGUUUUUCCUGUUUCUCACACUCCUAGGCCGGCAGGUGAAAAUGGCGUUUAUUAACUCUGUUGCCAAGCCGCCUAGAAAUGUGAGAAUCCAGCAAGAGAUCCAUGGAACUGCUAGACAUCCACGAAUCCAGCAGGAGAUCCAUGGAACUACUACUGGUGCUGUACUGCCGCCUCACCCACUGGACAGGCCCAGGUCUGUUCCCACCAUCCUGUCAUUAAUUCCCAUAUUGACCAUGGUGGCAAAGAUACCUACUUACCAAAUACAUUAUAUAUAUAUAUACACACACACAGUGAGGGAAAAAAGUAUUUGAUCCCCUGCUGAUUUUGUACGUUUGCCCACUGACAAAGACAUGAUCAGUCUAUAAUUUUAAUGGUAGGUUUAUUUGAACAGUGAGAGACAGAAUAACACCAACAAAAUCCAGAAAAACGCAUGUCAAAAAUGUUAUAAAUUGAUUUGCAUUUUAAUGAGGGAAAUAGGUAUUUGACCCCUCUGCAAAACACGACUUAGUACUUGGUGGCAAAACCCUUGUUGGCAAUCACAGAGAUCAGACGUUUAUUGUAGUUGGCCACCAGGUUUGCACACAUCUCAGGAGGGAUUUUGUCCCACUCCUCUUUGCAGAUCUUCUCCAAGUCAUUAAGGUUUUGAGGCUGACGUUUGGCAACUCGAACCUUCAGCUCCCUCCACAGAUUUUCUAUGGGAUUAAGGUCUGGAGACUGGCUAGGCCACUCCAGGACCUUAAUGUGCUUCUUCUUGAGCCACUCCUUUGUUGCCUUGGCCGUGUGUUUUGGGUCAUUGUCAUGCUGGAAUAGCCAUCCACGACCCAUUUUCAAUGCCCUGGCUGAGGGAAGGAGGUUCUCACCCAAGAUUUGAUGGUACAUGGCCCUGUCCAUCGUCCCUUUGAUGCGGUGAAGUUGUCCUGUCCCCUUAGCAGAAAAACACCCCCAAAGCAUAAUGUUUCCACCUCCAUGUUUGAAGGUGGGUAUGGUGUUCUUGGGGUCAUAGGCAGCAUUCCUCCUCCUCCAAACACGGCGAGUUGAGUUGAUGCCAAAGAGCUCGAUUUUGGUCUCAUCUGACCACAACACUUUCACCCAGUUCUCCUCUGAAUCAUUCAGAUGUUCAUUGGCAAACUUCAGACGGGCCUGUAUAUGUGCUUUCUUGAGCAGGGGGACCUUGCGGGCGCUGCAGGAUUUCAGUCCUUCACGGCGUAGUGUGUUACCAAUUGUUUUCUUGGUGACUAUGGUCCCAGCUGCCUUGAGAUCAUUGCCAAGAUCCUCCCGUGUAGUUCUGGGCUGAUUCCUCACUGUUCUCAUGAUCAUUGCAACUCCACGAGGUGAGAUCUUGCAUGGAGCCCCAGGCCGAGGGAGAUUGACAGUUCUUUUGUUUCUUCCAUUUGCGAAUAAUCGCACCAACUGUUGUCACCUUCUCACCAAGCUGCUUGGCGAUGGUCUUGUAGCCCAUUCCAGCCUUGUGUAGGUCUACAAUCUUGUCCCUGACAUCCUUGGAGAGCUCUUUGGUCUUGGCCAUGGUGGAGAGUUUGGAAUCUGAUUGAUUGCUUCUGUGGACAGGUGUCUUUUGAGAGGGGGUCAAAUACUUAUUUCCCUCAUCAAUUUAUAACAUUUUUGACAUGCGUUUUUCUUGAUUUUUUUGUUGUUAUUCUGUCUCUCACUGUUCAAAUAAACCUACCAUUAAAAUUAUAGACUGAUAAUUUCUUUCAAAACCAGCAGGGGAUCAAAUACUUUUUUCCCUCACUGUGUAUAUAUAUACAUACACACAGUACCAGUCAAAAGUUUGGACACACCUACUCAUUCCAGCAUUUUUAUUUUAUUUGUACUAUUUUCUACAUUGUAGAAUAAUAGUGAAGACAUCAAAACUAUGAAAUAACACAUGGAAUCAUGUAGUAACCAAAAAAGUGUUAAACAAAUCAAAAUAUAUAUUUUGAUUCUUCAAAUAGCAACCCUUUGCCUUGAUGACAGCUUUGCACAUGCUUGGCAUUCUCUCAACCAGCUUCAUGAGGUAGUCACCAGGAAUGCAUUUAAAUUAACAGGUGUGGUUUGUUAAAAGUUAAUUUGUGGAAUUUCUUUCCUCCUUAAUGCGUUUGAGCCAGUCAGUUGUGUUGUGACAAGGUGGGGGGAUAUACAGAAGAGAGCCCUAUUUAGUAAAAUACCAAGUCCAUAUUAUGGCAAGAACAGCUCAAAUAAGCAAAGAAACGACAGUCCAUUACUUGGUCUUUUACUAAAUAGGUAUUUUUACAUGAAGGUCAGUCAAUACGGAAAAUGUCAAGAACUUUGAAAGUUUCUUCAAGUGCAGUCUCAAACCAUCAAGCGCUAUGAUGAAACUGGCUCUCAUGAGGACCGAUAAGUUCAUUAGAUUUACCAGCCUCAGAAAUUGCAGCCCAAAUAAAUGCUUAACAGAGUGCAAGUCACAGACACAUCUCAACAUCAACUGUUCAGAGGGGACCGUGUGAAUCAGGCCUUCAUGGUCGAAUUGCUGCAAAGAAACCACUACUAAAGGACACCAAUAAGAGACUUGCUUGGGCCAAGAAACACGAGCAAUGGACAUUAGACCGGUGGGAAUUUGGUCUGGAGUCCAAAUUGGAGAUUUCUGGUUCCAACUGCUGUGUCUUUGUGAGAUGCGAUGUAGGUGAACGGAUGGUCUCUGCAUUUGUAUUUCCCACCGUAAAGCAUGGAGGAGGUGUUAUGGUGUGGGGUGCUCUGCUGGUGACCCUGUCUGUGAUUUAUUUAGAAUUCAAGGCACACUUAACAAUCAUGGCUACCACAGCAUUCUGCAGUGAUACGCCAUCCUAUCUGGUUUGGGCUUAGUGGGACAUCAUUUGUUUUUCAACAGGACAAUGACCCAACACACCUCCAGGCUGUGUAAGGGCUAUUUUACCAAGGAGAGUGAUGGAGUGCUGCAUCAGAUGACCUGGCCUCCACAAGCCCCCGACCUCAACCCAAUUAAUAUGGUUUGGGAUGAGUCGGACCGCAGAGUGAAGGAAAAGCAGCCAACAAGUGCUCAGCAUAUGUGGGAACUCCUUCAAGACUGUUGGAAAAGCAUUCCAUGUGAAGCUGGUUGAGAGAAUGCCAAGAGUGUGCAAAGCUGUCAUAAAGGGUGGCUAUUUGAAGAAUCUCAAAUAUAACAUAUGUUUUGAUUUAAGACCUUUUUAGUUACUACAUGAUUUCAUAGUUUGGAUGUCUUCACAAAAAAAAAUGAAUGAGUAGGUGUGUCCAAACUUUUGACUGGUUUGUUUAUUUAUAUAUACAUACACACUCACCAAAAAAAAAGUCCUCUCACUGUCAACUGUUUAUUUUCAGCAAACUUACCGUGUAAAUAUUUGUAUGAACAUAACAAGAUUCAACAACUGAGACACAAACUGAACAAGUUCCACAGACAUGUGACUAACAGAAAUUGAAUAAUUUGUCCCUGAACAAAGGGGGGGUCAAAAUCAAAAGCAACAGUCAGUAUCUGGUGUGGCCACCAGCUGCAUUAAGUACUGCAGUGCAGCUCCUCCUCAUGGACUGCACCAGAUUUGCCAGUUCUUGCUGUGAGAUGUUACCCCACACUUCAACCAAGGCACCGGCAAGUUCCUGGAUAUUUCUGGGGGGAAUGGCCCUAGCCCUCACCCUCCGAUCCAACAGGUCCCGGACGUGCUCAAUGGGAUUGAGAUCCGGGCUCUUUGCUGGCCAUGGCAGAACACUGACAUUCCUGUCUUGCAGGAAAUCACGUACAGAACGAGCAGUAUGGCUGGUGGCGUUGUCAUGCUGGAGGGUCAUGUAGGAUGAGCCUGCAGGAAGGGUGCCACAUGAGGGAGGAGGAUGUCUUCCCUGUAACGCACAGCGUUGAGAUUGCCUGCAAUGAUUACAAGCUCAGUCCGAUGAUGCUGUGACACCGCCCCAGACCAUGACGGACCCUCCACCUCCAACUCGAUCCCACUCCAGAGUACAGGCCUCGGUGUAACGCUCAUUCCUUCGACGAUAAACGCGAAUCCGACCAUCACCCCUGGUGAGACAAAACCGCGACUCGUCAGUGAAGAGUACUUUUUGCCAGUCCUGUCUGGUCCAGCGACGGUGGGUUUGUGCCCAUAGGCGACGUUGUUGUCGGUGAUGUCUGGUGAGGACCUGCCUUACAACAGGCCUACAAGCCCUCAGUCCAGCCUAUUGCGGACAGUCUGAGCACUGAUGGAGGGAUUGUGCGUUCCUGGUGUAACUUGGCAAGUUGUUGCCAUCCUGUACCUUUCCCACAGGUGUGAUGAUCGGAUGUACCGAUGCUGUGCAGGUGUUACACGUGGUCUGCCACUGCGAGGACGAUCAGCUGUCCGUCCUGUCUCCCUGUAGCGCUGUCUUAGGCAUCUCACAGUACGGCCAUUGUAUUUUAUUUCCCUGGCCACAUCUGCAGUCCUCAUGCCUCCUUGCAGCAUGCCUAAGGCACGUUCACGCAGAUGAGCAGGGACCCUGGGCAUCUUUUCUUUUGGUGUUUUUCAGAGUCCGUAGAAAGGCCUCUAGUGUCAUAACUGACCUUAAUUGCCUACCGUCUGUAAGCUGUUAGUGUCUUAACGACCGUUCCACAGGUGCAUGUUCAUUCAUUGUGUAUAGUUCAUUGAACAAGCAUGGGAAACCGUGUUUAAACCCUUUACAAUGAAGAUCUGUGAAGUUAUUUGGAUUUUUACAAAUUAUCUUUGAAAGCAGGGUCCUGAAAAAGGGACGUUUCUUUUUUUGCUGAGUUUAUAUGCCAGAAAAUACCUUAUUCUUGAUCUGUUUGACAAUCCUACAUCUUCAUAUGGAGUUGCUAUCCCUUAGAAUAAUUCAUAAUUUUAACUAAAGUUAUUUAUUUUUCAGUCAAUGGCUUGAUAAACUAAUUUUUCAAAUAUAAUUUCAUAAGAUUGGUAACUCAAUUUUGAGCCUAAUGUAUUCCCUAGAAUAGAGGACCUAGUUCUGCUACAUAACGCAUGGUUGACAUUCUACUAAAUUGUUUACUCAUGUCAUUGUACUUUCAUUGUAGCUCAAAAUCGCCUGACCACGGACAGCGUUUUGUUCCUGUGGUCUACGCACUACUCCCCCAAAUGAAAAUAACCAGCAACGGUUGCUAAGCAGAGCCAUAACCUGGCUUUUAGAGAUUGUGAUAGUGCUAGAUGAAAUACCUUUUGCGUGAGGUUAGGCGAGAGUAGAGACCAGAGGAAAGUGCUGGAUAAACUGGUUUCAUUCUGCUUGUCUUCGGUUAGAUGUCCACUGCUGGUGUGUACAUAGUCCCUGCUCUGCCUUGACUCUGCCAUCUGUAGCAUGGUUUAUUUAGAUGUUUCUGGUGGUGCUUUUGAACUGAUGCUAUUUAAACCUGUUUUAAAAACCGGACUUGUUCAAAAUCCAAAAACAUGUUGAGUGUUAAUCCUUUACUUGUCUGUGCGUGUGUGGUUUACAGUUUCACUAACAGUGUGUUGAUAUGAAAUCAUUUUGGGGUGUGUACGAUUGGGAUGUAACCGUUAGAGCGUGGCAUCUACAUUAACACUAUGUACUGCCCCUCUCCUUAGUGUCAAGGCCCAGGAAAACAGAGCCAGACCCUGUUAUGUUGAGCCCCCUAAACCUAGCACCACUGUCUCUGGGACCAGCCAAGCACAAGACUCCCGCAAAAAAACA